CAUCCGAUAUCCAUCAAGAAGGAUAUUGUGUUAUGCGAGGCCAGUGUGGCUCAAAACAACCUUUCGGUAAACAAUUAAAUUGCCCCUACAAUAAACCGGCUGAAGAGCCGGAUGAAGAUUUGAGGUUAAAACUUGUUGAAAUUUGUGGAUCACAAUUUGAAAACUCCUUAGUAUGUUGUGAUGCGGAUCAAUUGGAUGAUCUUAGGGAAAGUACAAAACAAGCAGAGACAUUGGUUAGUGCUUGUCCCGCGUGUUGGAAGAACUUUCUCGGGUUUUUCUGCACUUUUACAUGUUCUCCAAAUCAAUCUACUUUUGUUAAUGUUACUUCAAUUGGUAAUUCCGUAACAAACGAUGAAAUCGUUUCAAGUGUUGAUUUCUUUGUGGGUGAAAAUUAUGGAAAAGGUUUUUAUGAUUCCUGCAAAGACAUCAAAUUUGCUGCAACAAAUGGUUAUGUUAUGGAUUUCAUUGGUGGUGGUGCAACUAAUUAUCAUGAUAUGUUGAUUUACUUGGGUAUGGAGCGUCCAAUGAUCGGCUCACCUUUUCAGAUUAAUUUUCCACUCACUGAUCCAUUAAAGGUGAUGACCCCUUUUGAUGAACCGGCGAUACGAUGUAAUGAUACAGAUGUCAAUUAUCGUUGUUCUUGCAUGGAUUGUCAAUAUGUUUGUCCUAUUUUGGAUCCAACACCCGAAGAAAAUCCUCCAUGUCGUGUCGGUUCUAUUAACUGUUGGUCAUUUAGUUUAUACUUAUGUUAUAUAAUUUUAAUAUUGGGCGUUUUUGCUGUAUGUUGUGUUAUUGAUCCAAAUUAUGAUGCUAUUUGGUAUGAACGUGUUCCUUUAUCUAGCAUCGAGGCUAGAGUACCUGAUACACCACCUUCAUCCAAACGUUAUUGGCUGAACCAAUUACUACAAGAAUAUUUCUAUCAACAAGGUUUCAUUUGUGCAAGGCACCCUUGGUAUACCAUUAUUUUGGCUGGAAUUUUCGUAUUGUUAGCCUCAUCAGGCUGGGCCUGUUUUUCGGUGGAAACUGAUCCUGUACGACUUUGGGUCGCUCCAAAUUCGGAUUCUGCUCUUCAUAAAGAAUAUUUUGAUCAAAAAUUUGGUCCUUUUUAUCGAACUCAACAAAUUUUCAUUACGAAUAAAAAUGAAUCACAAAGUAUCGUAACCUAUGAAAAUCUUAGAAAAUUAUUCAUAAUAGAGAAACAAAUUCGUGAGUUUAAAUCAACCCCUCAUAAUUAUACUCUACAGGAUUUAUGUUUUCAUCCUAAUGGUGAUACGUGUAUUGUUCAAUCGGUAACGGGCUAUUGGCAAUCUAACAUUGACAAUUUCAAAGAAGAAACUUGGGAAGAUGAUUUUGGCACUUGCACAUCUGCUCCUUCAUUUUGUUUACCUGAUUUUCAACAACCAUUAAAACCCGAUAUGAUUCUUGGAGGUUUCGAAAAUUCUAAUUAUAAACAAGCAAAAGCUUUGGUGUUAACCUUUGUUUUGAAUAAUUAUUUGGAAAAAGAUAAAGUAAAAAUGGCUGAAGAAUGGGAAGAAAAAUUGAGAAAAUAUUUGCACAAAGUCAUUGAAG